GAGCACAUACAAUGUGACAACCCUUCCAACCUACUCAGAACAACCCUCUCUCCAGCAGAGAGUGUCACCUCCUGUCUUGGGAUCUUCAGGCUCUGCUAACUGGACCUCACCCUGCCUGCAGGAUCACAUUGCAAAGCUUUCACCCUUCCCCACCUUGCCUGGGGGUAAAUUUCUUCUGCGGAAUCUCAGAAAAUCAAAUUCCAUCCUAAGACUAUUUCACCAAGUAUUUCCUUAGGAGCUGUGCUGGGGUCCUACGAUGAUACACCAACCACUUGUGCUACCACCUGUCAAAACUAUGGAUGGCCCUACUUUCAGGUCUUGACCUUUGUAUUUAAGAAAUUCUUCGAGACAAUGCUGAUUCUGAUCCAAGAGAAAAUGUGAUUUGAGUCUGGAGACAAUUGUGCAUAUCAACUAAAAAUAAAAGCUCAAAAUACCUGUUAGAAGAGAAAACACUAUUUGGAAGAUUGCUACAUUUAAAAAGAAAAGCUUUUUCUAGUUUGAUUUAUAUUACAUCACAUAGUUAAUUUCGGCUUUAAUGAUGGAGAAAAAGUAUAUCCUGUAUUUUCUGUUUCUCUUACCUUUUUUUAUGAUUCUUGUCAUAGCAGAAACAGAAGAAGAAAACCCUGAUGACUUAAUACAGUUGACUGUUACUAGAAAUAAAAUCAUGACAGCUCAAUAUGAAUGUUAUCAAAAAAUUAUGCAAGACCCUAUUCAACAAACAGAAGGCAUUUACUGCAACAGAACCUGGGACGGAUGGCUAUGCUGGAAUGAUGUUGCUGCAGGAACAGAAUCAAUGCAGCAUUGCCCUGAUUACUUUCAGGACUUUGAUCCUUCAGAAAAAGUUACGAAAAUCUGUGACCAAGAUGGAAACUGGUUUAGACAUCCAGAAAGCAACAGAACAUGGACAAAUUAUACCCAGUGUAAUAUUAACACACAUGAGAAAGUACAGACUGCACUGAAUUUAUUUUACCUGACUAUAAUUGGACAUGGAUUAUCUAUUGCAUCACUGCUUAUCUCACUUGGUAUAUUCUUUUAUUUCAAGAGCCUAAGUUGCCAAAGGAUUACCUUGCACAAAAAUCUGUUCUUCUCUUUUGUUUGUAACUCCAUUGUAACAAUCAUUCAUCUCACUGCAGUGGCCAACAACCAGGCCUUAGUGGCCACAAAUCCUGUUAGUUGUAAAGUGUUCCAGUUCAUUCAUCUUUACCUGAUGGGAUGUAACUACUUUUGGAUGCUUUGUGAAGGCAUUUACCUACACACACUUAUUGUGGUGGCCGUGUUUGCAGAGAAGCAACACUUGAUGUGGUAUUAUUUUCUUGGCUGGGGAUUUCCACUGAUUCCUGCUUGUAUACAUGCUGUUGCCAGACGCUUGUACUACAAUGACAACUGCUGGAUCAGUUCUGAUACCCAUCUCCUCUACAUUAUCCAUGGCCCAAUUUGUGCUGCUUUAUUGGUGAAUCUUUUUUUCCUUUUAAAUAUUGUACGAGUUCUUAUCACCAAGUUAAAAGUUACUCACCAAGCAGAGUCCAAUCUCUACAUGAAAGCUGUGAGAGCUACACUUAUCCUGGUGCCAUUACUUGGCAUUGAAUUUGUGCUGAUUCCAUGGCGACCUGAAGGAAAGAUUGCAGAGGAGGUAUACGAUUACAUCAUGCACAUCCUUGUGCACUAUCAGGGUCUGUUGGUAUCUACAAUUUAUUGCUUCUUUAAUGGAGAGGUUCAAGCAAUUCUGAGAAGAAACUGGAAUCAAUACAAAAUCCAGUUUGGAAACAGCUUUUCCCACUCAGAUGCUCUCCGAAGUGCAUCUUACACUGUGUCAACCAUCAGUGAUGGUGCAGGUUACAGUCAUGACUAUCCAAGUGAACACUUAAAUGGAAAAAGCAUCCAUGAUAUGGAAAAUAUUGUCAUAAAACCGGAAAAGUUAUACGACUGAUACUAGAGGGAGUAUUGCUAAACUGUGCCACUCCUAACUCAAGGAUUUGUAUCUGUGACUUCACAACCAGAAGACUUUAAGUGAACGUCAUGAAGAUGACAAAGAAACCCUUCACAUGAACACAGCCGUGUGUUGAUAAAUGUUUCAUAAUAGCUCCAUGGGGGAAAAAAGCUCUGAUUUGUAGUGUCUGCCAGUUUUUAUGGUGUAAACAUCCCCACCAUGGCUGAUUUGAAACUAUCAGCUUGACAUCACUGAAUGUAGCAUUGGGUAAAAAUGAGCACAGUCAGUUCUUGUAGGCUGGUGUGAGCUGGCUCUAGCACACCACUGCAUGCAUCCACAUACAGAAGUUCAUAUACACCUUGGGCAAAAGAUUAUAAAAGUUCAUAUAUACCUUGGGCAAGAUUCUACUCUCACAGCCUAAAGCGACCUAGUUAAGGCCUAUACACUUGAAGGGAAAAAUCAACUUUUCAUCUCUUUGUUUUUAAAAUCUUUAUCCCAUAGUCAUUUGUGCAGAGGAUUUUUUUUUUUCCCAGAAAGUAUUUUAACACUUCUUGUUUUUACUUUUUCAAAUAGAACAGGUAAGGAGUUACUUAUUCCUAUUGGCUUACUCUCUUCUCCCCAGGAAAAAUAACAGAGCAGAACCUCUAUUGGUUACUCAUGUGCUGGUACAUCACAGUUAUACUUUCUGUCAUAUCCAUUUUUGAGACUUGAUAAAUAGUAUUAUGAAAUGCAAUCCUACUUUGGUAUCAUUAGGGAUAUGUCUUGGUUGAUACUAUAAAACAUGCUGUCAACUAUUUUACCAUCCUACUAUACAAGUGGGAGGGAAUGUGUGUCCAUGUACCUGUAAAUAGAAACUUUGCUCCUCUCAUUUCUACUAUGUGGACAAAUUAGCAGUUAUUUUACAUGAAGGAAAACAAUGAAGGGGUUCAUAUUUUCUUAAAAGUUUGUAAAAAAUUUGUUGUGAAAAGUGAGCUUGUAAAUACUCUGUUAUUCUAUUUUAUAGUCUCAAACAUAUACAAUCUAAGUAAGUUUUUUUUUAAAAAAACAAAUAAUGUAACAUUGUGUGCUUGUUAAUGUCUGAUACUGUGUCUGGGCUGAUUUUAUAAUAAAAUAGGAUCUGGAAUUCUA